AUGCAGCGCGAUCAAGAUACGCCCAACCUUACCGAGCGAACAUCACUCCUACGUCCUAGGUCAACCACACCUACGUCGAACCCGACCGACAAGCAUGGAUUGUCUAUGCUACGAGAAAGCAAAGCUGGGAUUCAAGAGACUAUUGUUUUGAUGCAACUGUCGUUACCCGUCAUUACUGCCUAUCUUUUGCAAAACUCAUUCCAAACCGUAUCAAUGAUGCUUGUUGGGCGAUUCUACCCCGAAAGUCUAUCGGUUGCCGCCUUUUCCUACAUGUUCAGCACAUGCACCGGCUGGCUCAUUGGCAUGGGCGGCUCGACAGCUCUAGAUACUCUCGCGUCGACUGCUUUUACUAGCUGCGACAAGCACUACACUGGUAUUUUGCUACAGCGAGCCGUGAUUAUUCUUACGUUAUUCUUCAUUCCGGUUGCAGUCAUCUGGGUGUAUGCCGAGCCCCUCUUUAUCGCUCUUGGACAAGACAAAUCAUUGUCGCACGAGUCGGCUAGGUUCUUGACGCAUCUCAUCCCCGGUGGUCUUGGAUAUAUCUACUUUGAGAUUCUCAAGAAGUAUUUGCAGGCUCAGGGAAUCGUGCAGCCGGCAACAUACAUUCUUCUCUUUACUUCUCCUAUCAGCGCCGGCCUUAACUACUUCUUCAUCCAGCUCUCAGACUUUGGUGUCAUGGGAGCUCCCCUGGCAACGGGUAUCGGCUACUGGCUUUCCUUUCUUGGCCUCCUCGGCUACGCACGCUUUGUGAGGGGAUACGAGUGCUGGGGCGGUUGGGACAGGCGCUGUCUUGAGAACCUGCCAGCCUUUGCUCGUCUUGCUUUCCUCGGAUUUGUACAUCUGGGCACGGAGUUCUGGGCAUUCGAGAUUGUUGCCCUUGUUGCUGGACGCCUGGGCCCGUUGCCAUUGGCGUCUCAAAGCAUUCUCAUGACCGCAGACCAGGUCCUUGUCACUAUCCCGUUCGGCAUCGGCGUGGCAACCAGUAUCAGAGUCGGCGGGCUGCUUGGUCUUAGAGACAGAACCGCUGCUGUCAGGUCCGUCAGAGCAGCAAUAUUCUUGACCUUAGGGGUAGCUACUUCCAUCAUGACUUUGUUGAUUGCCAGCAGAUCUCGAUUUGCGGCCAUCUUCACACCUGACAAGACGGUAGUAUCAUACACAGCACGGGUGUUACCGUGGGUAGCGUUCUUUCAAAUAUUUGAUGGACUCAACGGUAGCUGCGGAGGAUCGCUUCGGGGAAUAGGAAAACAGAACCUAGGCGCCACCAUCAAUGCUCUGUCAUACUACAUGGUUGCGCUGCCGCUUGGCACUUGGAUGGCCUUCUCAGGAUGGGAACUUUCGGGGCUCUGGAUAGGGCAGACAGUCGGCAUGAUCUUAGUUGCGGGGCUCGAACUUGCUGACCAUUCUGCGUUCGCAGGUAUCACGACUUACGGCCUGCUGCGUCAUCUUCCUUGCCUCCAGGACGAGUCCGUUGCUUUUGACAUUGCCACUAUUGGUAUCCCGUUCGAUAGUGGUGUAACCUACCGCCCUGGUGCUCGGUUCGGCCCUUCGGCUAUUAGACAAGCUUCUCGCCAUCUGACUCUAGCAGGUGGUUAUAAUGUACCUCAACACGUGAAUCCUCUCAAGUUUUGGGGACAAGCACUUGACUGUGGCGACAUUCAAGCUUCACCCCAUGACAAGGAGGUGGCAAUGAAAGAUAUCGAAAAGGGGUACACUAGCCUGCUCCAGCGUCCAGCCUACACGAAAUCAUCGACCGCCGAAUCGAACGAUUUGAGAACAAUUCCUCGACUUCUCACGCUGGGUGGUGACCACACGAUUCUGCUGCCGAUUCUUCGAAGCAUCCACAAAGUAUACGGGCCGGUCAGCGUCAUUCACUUCGAUUCCCAUCUCGAUUCGUGGAAUCCAACGCAAGGAGCGCCAUCCGAUGCAGCACAAAUCACACACGGGAGCUUCUUUUACUGGGCAAACCAGGAAGGCUUGAUUUCCAAUUCGAGCAAUAUGCAUGCUGGCCUUCGCACGACUUUGUCAGGGCUUGGAGACUAUGACGAAGACGAGCUGUGUGGCUUCACACGCAUCGAGGCUCGUGAGAUUGACGACAUUGGCACACGCGGCAUCAUCAAGAAGAUCAUCGAUCGUGUAGGCACCGACAAGCCGGUCUACUUGUCUAUCGACAUUGAUACACUCGACCCUGCCUUCGCUCCAGCAACUGGAACUCCCGAAACUGGAGGUUGGUCGACACGUGAACUACGCGCAAUCAUUCGAGGUCUCUCCGACGUCAACAUCAUUGCUGCGGAUGUCGUUGAGGUAUCUCCAGUAUAUGACACGAACGCUGAGGUCACAUCACUCGCUGCGGCAGACUUGAUAUAUGAGAUCAUGAGCACUUUUGUGAGGAGAGGCCCGAUGACGCUGGCCAAUGAGUAA